AUCGUCCAGGGCAACAAGAACAGUAUAAUGCGUCUACUUUUAGCAAUAUCAGCGUCCUUCAUGCCCAGUCAUAUCCACGAUAUUAAACAUGAAAUCCGUGACAGACACGCAGCUUUCGGUGGGCAGAAAGUUUGGCAUCAUGUAACAUCAAUUGGCUCAGAAGCGACCCUCGCUCAGCAUCGAUUUUUCCCAACGGCAUAUCGAAUUCAACCCAUCACAAUCCAUAGGCUUGUUCCAGCAGUUCGGCCUCCACUUUUACAUGUUGCAGCGGCUCCUGUGCAGGCCCAAUUCCAACAAAGGUAUUCAAAGAAUACCUCCUCAUCUUCCUUGGCUCGAAGAAUCUCAAGUCAUAUUUAUAGUCGAGAACACCGAGGAAGAUCACUUCAAAAAGACCCACCUGAAAUACAGAGCCGAUUGAGGUCUUGUGAGAAUCUGGUACUGAGAGAAGAACCUGAGAAUCCCAUAAGAACCUCCAAGUCACUGAACGCUCUCCAUGGAAAGACAUUUGUAUCAAAAUUGGUGAUUCCUCAACUGAGAAAUGGGAGAAGUUUCUCUCUAGUAAAUAGAAGCUCAAACUCAAUUUCAUUGAAACCAUCUACAAUAACCAAGAAUCAGUCCGUAUAUGGCGGUUUCGUAAAUCAUGGGUUCUCCGAUUUGCCCACUGAAGCUGUUGCGAGUGAGCAAUCUGUCCAGAAGUUGCCUCCAACGACCCAAAUUGCAAAAUUCCGAAUCGAUUUGGCCAACGUUAAAUCCGACCUUCUUCAACUUCAAGAAGUGCUCUCAACGAGCACUGUAACAGAAAGCGGGAUCACUCAAACUGUUUCCGACUAUACCCUAUCGAAUACAUUAGCAGAACAGAAUAUGAAAAAUGGAUUCUGCCAAAAUUCCGGAACUAAUUCAAUCAAUGAUGAGAAACUUUCAAAGUUAGCCGAUAAUGCAGAAUUGCGACAAGCCGUCGGUGAGUUGACAAACUCUCUAAAGCAGCUCCAAGUGGAGAAUAAGAGCCUCCGGCAACGGUUGAAUGAGAAUAUGGGACCUCAAGCGAAUAAUUCCUCAAACGGUCCUCAAACUUGGAGUUUCAGUUCAGAGAGUAUUCCAAAUACCCCCUGUAGCCCUCCGGAGACCACCCAACAGACAAACUUUGCUCUAGUCAGUGGACAACCUUACUCCCCACUGUCUUGA